UUUUUAUUUAUUUUUUCUGCUCUCUCCAUUAGUUUUUGUAGACCCAUUAAUUCCCAGAUGCAUCUUCUUCACAAACUACGGCGGUCCAUUUCUCAUCGUCCUCGACACUUGUUUGACCUUCCUGAUGAAAUUCUAUGCAUAAUUCUUGAGUACUGUUGUCAAGAUCUCGACUUUUUGCUCUGGUCUUGUCCACUUGUCACACUUGAGAACCAAUUCUGCCACGACUGUUUCCAUUGUACACUUUGUCACGGUCCAGUCCCUCGUAGCCCUCGCAAAGUCAACUCCAGGGAACAACGCAGCCACCAGCAAUCAUACAAGCCUUCAAGAUCAACACCACCAAUAGAAGCUACACAACACUUAGAUACACCCAAGGCACAGCCCGAGAAGCCAUUAGACACCCCAAAGCUAAAGAAGAGGCGAAGACGUUGCCACAAAAGAACAGCCUGUGCAGGGACAAUUGGCAGCACACAUAGCACACAAUGUACAAAGCACGAAGCACAUCAAGUAAAGCCCUGCCCAAGGAACGGAAACCGCCCUUGGUGUCACCACAUGGAGCAACAACACUCGGCUCGCAUGCCCCUUCUUUGGCGGUUCUUUUCCAACUCUAUAGCUCAGUCAAGAUACUUGCAAGGAUUGCCCUGGCCAAGAACUGUCAACUUUAUACAUAUGCCUUCUCUGAAUAGACCUUUCGAUCAUCUCACCACCGUAUCAUCUUCAGUCUUUAACAGAGUUGUAUAUAAACUUGAAAGCUUAGUCUCGCUUCUUCCAUACUCGGUUCAACAUGAAAAUGACUGCGAUCGGGAGACGGACAAUUCCUUUUACAUGGGCUUGACUCCAUCAGAAUCUUCCGGGGAGCCAAGUUUCACAAAUACGACACUAGCUGGAACUCAGCUGUCAACGAGUUCUAGCACAAGGUUCAAUUCCACACUGGACAAUUCUUUGGUCCGCCGAAGAACGAUGAGUUUAAGCGCACGUGCUCCGACACUGUCAAAUGCUUCCAUGAAUAGAUCAUGGAGCAUCACUGGGACUAUGCAUACAUCCACUUUUUGGAGACGAGAUGACAGAUCUGGAGCAUCCUGUCAACCAUCUGACGAAUCCGAUAAUAACUCUGAGAGUGAUGAGACCAAAGAUGACUUUGAUGCAUCUAUACACUUGGCAGCGCCCUUCAAGUUCUUGCUGGUUAGUAGGAGGUUCGCUGAUGCCGCUGUUCAAUCGCUUUGGCGCAAUUUGGUUUUUCAUGGCCAUGAUACAUACCAAAUGCAAUCGCUUCUCUCAGUGCUCUUAAUGGACGAUGAGCUGCCAAAAGACCACAGGGAUCCCGAUAACAGUCUUUUUUUAGGUUGUCCAGAACUCAAGGAGUUGUUUGAAGUGGGGGAUGGGAGUGAAGAGAUGGCGACGCUUGGUGGGAUAAAAUCACAGACUAAUGAACCAAGGAGCGCAUUCAAGAGUUGCGACGUAGCGGAAAUGAAAUCUGGACCUGCAGCAGGCUGCAGCAAUGUUUUUCCGAAGCAAGGAUCGAAUGAGCCUCUGUCUCUUUGGCAUAUGGAUGAAGAGCACGGAGCGAUCCAACUAAAUAGUCCUUGCAGACAGUCUCCAAAACCCCAUGGACAUUCGGGUGUGUCCUCAUUAAAUGGAGAUACUACAGCAAUUCUAGCAAGUAAAGAGCUCGGUAAUACUUCUAUAUUCAGUAACGGGAAAGCUAUCUCCGUGGCUGAUCAGGGACGACACAGCCUUGUAGAACCAGACUCCACUCAUGAACGUGAUUACCAAUGGGGCACAGAACAUUAUGAAAGGAUUCGCAGCAGUAGAUCCAAUACAGGAAGAAUUAGAUCGAAUGCGUCUAGAUGGUCUUAUCGCCGUUACGUCCGACGAGUCUUGCUCAACUUUGCUCAUCCCCAGGCGUCUCCUCAAAUGCUCGUUAAAGCGCUUGAGUGUCUUCGCUUACGCUGUCCUGAUCAAAUCGUCGCCUUGGAUCUUCAUGCAAACGAGAAAAUGCGGGAUGCAGGGUUAGAGAAACCCGAAGUUCUCGAGCAACUUUUCGGGCUGGGGUUAUCUAAGUUGCGCUAUUUGAGACUACAGGGCGGUUUUGUUGAUAAUCAAUUACUUUAUGCAUUGAUCAAAGGCUUAAGCACACCAAAACUCACCGCUACUGGCCACUCAAGACCUACCACUGGUCAACGCUAUCCAAGUGCUCUUCCAGGUCCUUCUAAGUCUGUUCUUACUUCUCCAUGUCGUCUUUCUCAGGUGUUUUUGGGCCCAGGGUCAGUGACAGAUAGCGCAGUUGAGAAGCUUAUUGAGGCAGCAGGACACUCUAUCGAAGUUUUUACUGUCACAAGUUGCGUAGAUGUUGGAGGAGAUGCAUUGGCAGCACUAUUAACCCGCUGUCCAAAAUUGCGAGUGCUAGGUAUCCAUCGAUCACUUGCACGGGAUAGGGAUUUGUUGAAAGGAUUGGGUAUCGAGACGGAAAUGGAUAUCCUUGCUGCAAACGCAUUUUCAGCCAGUUCGGGGGACUCAAUCAACACUGAGCACAAUGGAGCCAACAUGGCCACCAACAAUCAGCCUCGCAUGGUUAGAAAGACGAUCAUCGCGCCGCUUGAGCGUUUAGAAUUCGGAACUACCGUAUUAACCAAUGUGGGCAUUGCAGUAAUCUUAAAGAGUACGUGCAAUACGCUAAAGUACCUCGUUUUAGAGACACAGCAUUUCAGCGAGGGGCUCUUGACGGACGUAAUUAUGCCGUUCUGUUCUGAGCUGAGAGGACUCUAUUUCGAUGAUCCAGAACAUUUGUUAAAGCAGCAGCAUCAGGUACAGGGGCUCGGAUUCAGUGCUGGACGCCGUGGGGUCCCUUUCCCGGGUCGACAGUUUGAAUUUGGCCGCUCAAGGAGAACAUUUCAUGCAGAUUCAAGUCGCCAUUAUCAACAUCCCCCUCAACCAUACAGAAGUCCUACAAAUCGGCAUAUGACCAUAGACUCUACCGGGCGUCCAGGCGAAGCUCAAAAUAAUACUAAAGUUAGUGCGUGGUUAGGGGAGACGAGCACAGAUGAAUGGGUCAAGUACGGUGAUUGCGCAUUAUGGACAUGCGCAGCCUCACCGGGCGUGUCUUUCAAUAAUGGUGGGACAGACAGAGGAAUCUAUCCACGUCGUCAACCUCUGCCUUUGCAUCAUGCAUACCACAACCCUUCUUUUAUGUCCAGUUUAGGUCAUGCUCCUGCAUAUAAUUCAGUCAUGCACACGGCUUCCGAUAACUUUGCAUUUGCAGGGGAUUACGAUGAUGUGCUAGAAAGAUUCCAGGUGUCGCGUCGUGCAGUUGAUAAUGUGUUGCAGAUCCUGAAAUUUCUUGAGUCAUUUAUGGUCAUGCAGAUGGAUUUCAAAAUUGAGAGCCAAGGGCUGUGGGAGCAGAAGGCGAUGGAAAGAGAGGACGACGCUUGGAGGCAGAGCAUGGGCUUUCGAAUACUGCAAUUAUUAUAUGCAAUUCUUCUUCUUAGUCCGAUUUUCUAUGGAGCAUUGCGCUGGUAGACU